AUGACGAUGUGGCUGGCUGUUCGCUCAGCCGCCAUCGCCCGGGCCUCCGGCCUCCUCCGCCGACCGGCGUGCCGACAUUACUCGGCCGUGGUAGCACACAGGAAAUCGGACCCGCUCCGGAUCCUGUUCUGCGGCUCCGAUGAGUUUAGCUGCGCUGCAUUGAAUGCGCUGGCUGCGGAGAAGAAGUGCAACCCGGGGUUGAUUGAGUCGCUGGAUGUCGUGGUCAGGCCUGGCAAGUUGACUGGGCGUGGGAUGAAGCAAAUCCGUGAGGUGCCAUUGAAAUCCCUUGCCGAGCAACUCAGACUGCCAAUUCAUGUUAGAGACACAUUCACUGGGUGGGAGCCUCAUAACGACAUCAACCUCAUCAUCGCCGUCUCUUUCGGUCUCUUCGUUCCCCCAAGGCUACUUAACUCCGCCAAGUACGGAGGACUCAAUGUGCAUCCAUCAGCACUCCCAGCUUUCCGAGGCCCGGCACCUCUCCACCACACUCUUCUCCAACGAUGUACACACACCGGUGUCACCCUCCAGACUCUUCAUCACAAGACUUUCGAUCACGGUACCGUUCUAUCUCAGACCCAGCUCCCAGGCAUUCCCAUCCCGAAAUACUGCACUUUGCAAGGCCUGCACGACAUCCUCACCCCGAUAGCCGCCGACAUGCUCGUAGACGGCCUUCGACGAGGCUUGCAUGUACCGCCUCUAAAGGACGUAGGCUGGAAGCCGACCGAAGAAGAGCAGGAGAUGCUUUGCCAUGCGCCGAAACUUGCCAAGCGUGAUAGUCAGAUCGACUGGUCUACGUGGAGCGCGGACGAUAUUGUACUUCGCCAGCGAGUCUUGGGCUCGCUGUGGUCCAUGGCGUUUGCGGACCGCGAGCGCAAGAAGUCAAUGAGGCUGAUUCUCGAGAACGUGGAGAGCGUGAAACGACCCGCGGACGUCGAGAGAUGGAUUCAAACAUACUUUGAGCGCCAAAAGUCCGGGUCUCAGCAUAAACGCGGUGAGCUUGAUGAGAAGGAAGCUAUCGAAGAGAAUCAAAAGUUGGGUAUCAAGGUGGUCGACUGGCUUUGGCACCCCAAGCAUACUUCUGCAGAGGACAUUAUGAACGCUAAAGACACCAGGCUGGCUUACUUUGAAGAGAAGGACGGCAGCAUCUUGAUCCCAGUCCCAAAAGGAGGGUGCCUGAGGGUACCGACGAUAAAGGUUGAAGGCUCAAGCAGCAAACCAGCAGCCAAGGCGAUUUCCAGCAACUUUGGUUUUAUUGAGAAAGAUUGA